AUGAGCUACGAUAAAAAAGCAGAUGUCACCUCUCUCGAUGAAGAUUUGAAACUACUUAGAGAUACAAAAUUCUCACAGGAUGCAAUUGAUGAUAUUAAGAGCUGGAUCUUUGUAUCAGUGCUCAACGAGGAACAACCCAGGGAAUCGUUGAUUGAAAGUUUGAAAAGUGGUGUGACUUUAUGUAAAGUGGCAAACAAACUAAAGGCUGCUGAUGAAACCAGUGGCUUUAUCAAGUGGAAGGAGUCCAAGAUGCCUUUUGUGCAAAUGGAGCAAAUUUCCCAGUUCUUGACUUUUGCCAGAUCGUAUGGGGUCCCAGAGGACGAAUUGUUCCAAACAGUUGAUUUAUUCGAAGAGAAAGAUCCUGCGAUUGUCUACCAAACUUUGAAAUCGGUCUCACGAUACGCCAAUAAGAAACAUCCUGAUCUUUUUCCGGUCAUAGGUCCUCAAUUGGCCACAAAGAGACCACGCCCUCCAGUAAAACAAAAACCAAAGCAUUUACAGACCGGAUGGAGCACAACUGAAUAUGGCUACAUGGGAGGUGCUUCACAGAAAUCCGAAGGAAUUGUGUUUGGUCAAAGGAGAAAUAUUCAGUAG